GUGUUAACGUUAUCGAUGACCUACACCAGAUUUAGGAUAUUCAAGAAUACGAUGUUAAAUAUGAGGGCCUGAGAUGGAACAUAAAUGAAAUGUCUAUGAUUCCAGUCCUUCAUAAACAAUAAUAACAAGACAUCACAACCUAUAAGUAUGUCCAGCAUUGAAUACUUUCUCAUCGCAGGCGCAACAGGUCGUCAAGGCGGCGCAGCAGUCGAUGCCCUCCUCACUUAUCCCGAUAUCAAAAUCAAACCAAAGCAAGUCUAUGCACUGACUCGCCAAGCUUCUGGAUACGGAGCCGUCAAACUUCGUGAGAAAUAUGGCGACAUCAAUAUUGUUGCUGGCGACUUGAACAACCCAGAAGCAAUUCUCCAACAGCUAGACAAGGCCAUCCUUCCCAAAACAGGCAUAUUUCUCGCUCAAGCCCAUGGACGGACUGAAGUCAGUGAUGCAAAGAGGCUCAUCGAUUCUGCUGCGAGAAGUGGUAUUCCGUACUUUGUGUACUCGUCUGUUGAUCGAGGUGGCCGUGAACUCAGCGAUAACGACCCUUCGUACUGCAAGACGUUCUCUGACAAAUUCCUCAUUGAAAAGCAUCUUAUCAACGUCUGCUCAAACUCCAACAUGGACUGCACGAUCCUUCGUCCGACUUGGUUCGCUGAUAAUGCUUGGUGGGGUUUCCCAGGUCAGCUCUGUAUGACGGGUUGGAGAGAGAACAUGAACGGAAAGAAGAUGCAAGUCACUGUGACGAAAGACAUUGGAAGAUGGGCUGUAGAAGGUCUUGUCCGUCCUGAUAGGACCGGAAUUCGAAACCAAGCUCUUUCGAUCGCCAGCGAGGAGCUGAGCUUCAAGGAUAUUGACGACAUCUUCAUCAAACAUACCGGCAAAGGCGUCCCUGUUACUUACGGCCUUCUGACACGAUUCAUCAUCUGGAUGACCAAAGACCUAAACACCAUGUUCAGCUUCAUCGGUGAGAGACCUUAUGGUGCGGAUCUUGCAUGGUUGAAGACUCAGCUGGAGCCUACCACGUUUGAACAAUGGGUCAAGACCGACGUCCCAGGCCGUGACAGCACCAAAGCUUGAGACACCCAAAACAGCUCAAACAAAAAGAAUGGCAUCAGCAGAUUCGAACUUGCGACCUGCAAAAACGAAGAGUGGCGCAGUGGGUGAGAUUUUUAGGAUUUUUGGUUCGGAUUUAAGGAAGGUUUAUAGGCUC